CAAUCUAUCUAUGUAGUUGUCUUACUUCUUCGUUAGAUUGUUUGGUUGACUCUGCACCAUAGACCUUGGUCUGCUCGCUAAGUCAAGUUUGUUGUAUCCUUUUCUUAAUAAACAACGUUAUGAUUAGUUUAUGAGAGAGUGAAAUAAGACUUUUUUCAUCGAACAUCGGCUAUAAAAUAUUCCCAUCUUUGAUUCUACUCAUACAAUGUUCAGAAAAUUAACAUUUUGAAAAUUUAACUGCAUCACAAAGUCUUUAUAAGAAAUGGCUACUUCUUCACGCUUAAAACCACAUAAGGGUGAGUAUCACUUUGUAAUAUUAAGUUGUUUAAUUAAAUUGUUACGUUCUUCGAACUUAAAAGAAUGUCAGUCUUUUCCGUUGUCUGAAAACAGAACCAAUUUUAUAUUUUCACUCAAAUAUUCAUUUAACAAAGAUAUAGGCUAUGAAAUUAGUCUAUAUUCUGUCAGAUUGACAGACCCAGAUUAAACUAAUUGACAGUUUUUUGACUCCUCUUCAGUUUUUAUGACAGUUUAAAAUAUACAAGUUGUACUCUACGUUGAUCUAGUAAAAGUAAAUUUAGAUUAAAAAAGCAGAAUUUAGUUUUAUGGAAAUAUACGGGUCCGAAAAUCACUGCUAAUAACUAUUUAUUAGUCUCAUAUUUAUGUUCGCUUAAUUGAAUUUUAGUCUGUCCUGUUGAAAAAAUAUAGACUACUCAAGUGCAAUACUUGUUAAAUGAACAUUUGGACUGGAAUAUAAAACUGGGCCUUUUUUCAAUUUUUUGUCUUCUAUCACUAUCUCGGCAAUGCGAUCGAUUCAAAGCUAUUGUGAAAUAUUCCCUUUAGGAGCUCAGGGUAGAUCUUAUAUACCAUUUUAUUUUUAGGAUUAAGUAAAUAUGUUUUAUAUUAUUUCGCAUCUGAUAAUACAUAUUGCGAUGAUUUAAAAUUAAGUGAUAUUAUUGAUGAGAAAAAUUUAUAUAAAAUACAUGGUAUUGUUAAAGUUAAAUUUGGUAACGAUAUAUAUGAAGAAACAAGAAAAAAGUAUAAUAGAACUAUAUCAACCGAUCAAAAUAAAACAAUAAAAAGUAUAAAAGAAACUAAUGAAUAUAAAUUAUUGAAUGAUGCUAUUGGACAACAAGAUCAAGAUGAUCAAGAAAUGUAUUACCUAGAUAAUCAUCGUACAGAUACAUCAUUUUCAAACGGAAAAUCAAUUGAUCCAAAAACAGUAAGUGCAGCAGCAAAUUUAGAAGCUGUGUCUGCAAUGGUUAUGGAAAUACCUCAGAAUGAUAAUUACAACGACGAAUCAUUAGAGGUAACUCCAUACAAUUCGAUUACUGUUUCUCAACGUACAACUGCUUCUAAAGCAAAAAUUAUUUUCAAAUCAAAAAAUAAAGUUAAACAAACUUCGCCGCCACCAUCACCAAUACUUAGCUCAACAACAUCAAAACUAUCAUUAUCAGAAGUGACUACAAAUGCUGUUCACGUAUCAGAUCCAAAUGAUCAAUCAAUUAUAUAUACUAUUAACAAACAAAAAUAUUUAUAUGCAAAAGAACGCUGCGAUAAUGAUCCCAGUGAAGAAAGUACCAAGCAUUUGGUACACGAAUUAGUGCUGCAGAUAUUUACAGCUGAGGAAUUGGAAUAUUGUUCGGUGGAUGGCAAAAUACAACGGACAAGAUCAUUUGAUACGAGUAAAUUCCGUACCAUUAACCAUCAUUUAUUUACUCUUUAUGGUGUACGCUAUUCCACAUAUAGACAGAGCAAACGUUUUGCUAUUGAUUUACGUCAAAAACAAAGAUCUUUUAAACAUACUCAAAAAAGAAAAACUGUUAAACAGUAA